AUGAUUUUAUCAUGUGGUCAUACUAUUUGCAAUUAAUGCAUUGAAUUCUAGAUCUCAAAUGAAGGAACUUUCAAGAGAUGUCUUUAAGAUGAUUCUUGCAUGCUAGAUGAGGAUUCCAAGAUUACUCCAGUAAAAGAUUUGAUUAAUAACCUUGAUAAAAUAAGCAAUGUCAACAUAACUUGCGACAAGCAUCCUCAGAAACUGAUUAAAACAUACUGCAAAAAAACUAAUCAAUUGCUUUGUAGCACUUGUUUAUUAACUUGCCCCUGUAAUAAUGCCAAUCCAGAGAAAUCAAAGGUUGAUUUAAGUUUCUUCGAUUGCAUCAAAUAGUAAAAUAAUCAAUCACUUUAGAAGGAAAAUAUUUUGUCUCUUUAAAAUUUUAAAAUUCUUCAAAUUAUCAAGCCAGUGGAAUAAAUCAUUUAACAAAAGUAACAGCAAACCACAUAACAAGAUGAGAAGUAAAUUUAAGAAACUCUGCAAAAACUUUAGGAUUAAUAUAGACCUAAGUACAUAGAAUUCAGGAGAUUAGUUGACUAUCAUCUUGAAUCUUUGAAAUAACAAGAAACUAAAGAUAAACCUAAACUUUUACCAUUAAUCGUCAAAUAAUGCAAACUCUUAUUUAAAGCAACAAAUGAUGGAUUUUUAGCAGCAAAUUUUCAUCAAAAAUGUGAUAACUAAGGUCCAACAAUUUCAUUUAUACUUAGUGAGAAUGGUCAAGUUUUUGGAUGUUAACAUACAAUUAAAUUGGAAUGUAUUCUAUGCAGCAGUCUUUUGGACAUCUGCUAAUGGUGA